AUGUUUGUUUAGUGUCACAUGACUGCUGUCUGAAAGAAAACGAAGGUUUGAGGCUGACAGAGGAGAUUACUAAAAUAUAAUGGAAGAAUGUUUGGAAAGAAAAUAGAAUCGCUGGGGUAAGAAGUCGAAACAUAACUUACAGUUGACAACAACGGGUAUGUUACCGGUGUUAAACAGAAUGUCUUUAAAUAAUACCAGGGGUUCAGUUUACACCUACCAGUCUUCAGUCCACAGUUCACACGUUCUUCUUUGUCUGAAUGAGCAAAGACAGCGUGAUGUACUUUGUGAUGUGACUAUUGUGGUAGAAGACAGGAGGUUUCGUGCACACCGGUCUUUGGUUGCUGCCUGCAGUGAUUAUUUUCAUUCAAGAGUUACAGGUCAGUCGGAAGCUGACCUUGUUAUUACACUCCCUACAGAGGUAACAGUAAAAGGAUUUGACCCAUUGCUUGAGUUUGCAUAUACUGCCAAACUUUUAUUAACCAAAGAAAAUGUUCUAGAGGUCUGUAGUUGUGCAGAGAUUUUGGGUUUCCACAACUUGGAAAAAACAUGCUUUAAUUUUAUUAUAGCAAAGUUCUUUGAAAGUAGGACAGACCCACAGGAUAGUCCCAGGAAACUGUGCUGCAAAACGAAAUGCUGGAAGUCAAAGCCCCAAGCCAUCCAGGAAGAUUCUUUAAGUUUAAACAUAGAUGAUGUUGGAGUUGAGUUCUUGGACUAUGUAUCUCAAAGGAGCAUUGUUUCUCUACCAAAAUCAGAGAAAGAUCCAAGUUGCAGCCCAAACUGUUCCGAGAGGGACGGACAGGCAGAUUAUUCAUCUUUAUGCCCCAAAUACAGGAAGUUUCAGCUUGCUUGUGGGAAAGAUGAGUGCAACCCCUCGCUACAGGAUAUUCAGACUCAGCAGUUUCUCCAAACACAAAAUGAAACAUGCAACCUUACAGAUGGAAACACUGAUGAAGGAAAGGGAAAUCCCACCGGCAAUAUUGACACCGAAUCCAAAAUGGGAGAACAUUGCGAGAGUGAAACUUGCCACCCUUGUGUCCCACAUGUUUUGGAGGAUCCUAGUGUUUUUUGUGUCUUGCAGCCCAGCUUAAUUUGUAGUCAGUCUCAUGGGUCAACACUUAACACAUCAGAUCACUGCAGUUUAAAUGCUCUUGAAAUGUAUGGUGUCGCAGGUUCUGUAGAAGGUAGUGCUCCAGAGAGUGAUGGUAAUGAAAAAACAAUAGAAACAGUCCUACCUAAGCCUUCAAUCUCAAAUUGUGGUUUUGAAGUUCAGGAUGUUAACCAAACUGCCUGUACUGGAAGAAGCAGUGUCGAGAGAGAGGUCGCUGAACAUCUAGCAAAGGGAUUUUGGAGAGAACUUAACACCAGACAAGAAGGUUCUUUUGACACAGUGCCAGGUUCUCUGCAGCAGUCAUCGGAGAAAACUCCUGAGUGUCCUUGGUUAUCAAUAAGUAUAAGUGAAAUGUAUGAACCUCGGUCUGAUUUUGCUGUAGGCGCUACAGAUUGCCCCUUCUUGAGCAACCUUGAAAGUGAUGGUUGCUGUGGAAGGUUUGAGGAACAGAGAACUGAAUGUGACCAAGGAUCGCAGCAGGAGAAAAGCCCUUGCAUCUCUUCAGUCAACUCAGGAGACGAAUCUGACUUUGACACAGAGGGAGACAGUGAAUCUUACACCAGAGAGCGAGCACGUGAGGUGAAAUUACCAUUUUCAGUGGAAAAAAUUGCAUCAUUGACAAGAAAUGAUUUCCAACAAAUGCUAAAAAACCACAACCUAACUCAAGAACAACUGGACUUUAUACAUGAUGUCCGACGGCGAAGCAAGAAUCGAAUAGCAGCCCAGCGAUGUCGCAAAAGAAAACUGGACUGCAUUCAGAAUUUGGAAUGUGAAAUUGAUAAACUGAGAAAUGAAAAGGACAAGUUAAUGCAUGAGAAAAACAAGUUAAAGAUGAGCAAGGAUGAGACAUGGCAGAAUCUCUCCAGUCUGUAUCAGAAGGUAUGUAGUGAGGCUGCUCUUAGGCCUGAACAACUCCAGGUACUUGUGAAAUAUUCCUCCCUCGACUGUCCUCUUUCAUUACUAAUGGGCCAGAAAGAAAACACAAACAACCCAGAGCCUGGAGCUCAGGCCUUGCCUUCCAUGGGCUUCUCAGCCGAGACUUCUAUUGUAGGACCUGCAGAAGAGACUGAAGUCUGUCAACCAAGUCAAGUGUACACAGCAGGGAAUUAACAAGAGCCAGUGGAAACUUUUCAGGUAUUCCUAAGGACUGUAAAGAACACAUCAUCUACUGAACAUUGUUGCCAGUGUUACAACAGGUUUUUUUGUCAAGAAAUGACAAAUAAGUGAUCCGUUUACAUUUCCAGAAAACACUGGCUCUAAUUCUUGGUAAACCCAUGGUCAUGUAUUUUAUUUGCUGUCUUUACACUCUGUCACUACUUUUCAACCACACCAUAUUGUACUUAUUUCACAUUUAAAACGUGGUUUUUAUCCACCACAAUAAGAAGAUGGUAUUUACUAAAGUUAUAAAUACUAUGACAAUUUCUAUAGAAAUUACUGUUUAAUCUAAUAAGUAAUAUAUUUGAUUCAUUGAUUCUAAUGUACAACAAUGUGUGUGUGUGUGUGUUAUAUAUAUUAUAUAUAUAUAAAUGGUUAUGUAUUUUGCCUAAAAAAUGAAAUACAUUAGGCAGUCCAUGACAACAGUUGUUUGCUUUUAGGUGUUUCUGCACUUUUUAUUAUUUUUAAAUACAAAUGUCUUACCUUUUUGUCCUUUUAAUUUUUACUAAAAAUAAAUAAAUAAAAAAAACGUAGUUGGUGCUUCAGUCAUGUUUUAGUAGGCGGGAAUUUAUUUCAUUGGUGCUUGAGACAUUUUUUUUUAUUGUAAAGUUUUCCAACAGACACUGUAGUUCAGGAGGCCACAGCUGCAUUUUUUCAAGGCUUUCACAACACUGGUGAAUCAUCUUGGAUUGCUUCUGUUUCCAGGGUUAAUCCUGGGAACACAUAGGUGGUGAAUGCAAUCCGGGGUGAUUCUCCAGUGGAAAGUGAUGUAAUAAAAGCCAGCUGUGACUUUUCGGUGGGGUAGAGGUUGACCAAAUUGACACCUUGGUAUCUUAUACAGUAUUUUUACCUCAGAAUUGGUGCUUGUGGUGAUUUUAUUGUAGUGACGCAUACAAUUAUGCGAGGCAAAAAAAAGAGAUCUGUUCUUUGUAUAGUUUUUCAUCAUGAUACUCUCCCAUGCUUUAACUGUAACUCAUAAGCUACUGAUAUUUGUACUCGUUCUGUUAUCCUCAUUUCUGCACCAACUUAUGACUGCUGGCAGACAUGUAUCAUUAGAGAUGCCCUUUUUGGUCUGUGCAUGAGGACCAUAUGAUGUUAAACAAAAAGGAAAAUGUGUGGGCCGAGUGUUUGUUUAUCAGUCCGCACAUUUGGUAUUUUUGCGUACAAAGCAUCAGUUUCUGUAACUUCAGUCCGUUCUGUUACUGUCUUCUUAAUAAGUAGAAGUGUAAAGUAAUAAAUGAUAUGACAUCGCAGAGAAACUGUCUUGUUGCCGUCUGCUUAGACAUUGGUGGACAUUUACUUAUUGCCAUGUAUGAUGCAGAAAACUAAGAACCAAGUCACAUAAGCAUGCAAUUACUUAUCAGAUAUCAGAAGUUAUUCUCGACACUUAUUGAAGACCCCUCAUAUAAUUCCAUAUGAUUACAUGCCUACCUCAUUCAAUUCAAUUUAUAGGAUGUUCUCACUAAUUCAGUGAAGAAAACUACUAAAUAAGCAAAAAAGAUGUUCAUUUUUCAAUAAAUGUAUGUGUCUGCUGUAUUAUCAUUUGGAGUAGAUGGCCUUAUCAAACUUGUCUCGUCUAAGCACCUAAAAUGUAAGUGGUAAACAAACUGGGCAAAUAAGUUAGAAACAACAUAACCAGGUGCAUUUUUAAACAUGAAAACCAGGGGAAUAAAAACUGCUGUAUAUAAUCAUGUCAUGUCUGCUCAUGUCGUAACCACAUUGAAACAAUACCAAACAGGGUGUUCUUUUAUAUUUUCACCAGUAGAUGGCAGAUUGUUACCAUGAAAUAAAAGCAUUUGUAUCCCAGAAAAAAACUGCAAGCAGGAAUAGUACAUUUAAAAAUGCUGGCAAUAAAACCAUGAAUUUAAUAAUAAUCCAAAAAUUGAACGAAAGGAACAUAAUUCUAUUUAAAUGUACUUUAAUUUUGAAAACAAAAAAUUUCUGCUUUAUGAAAGACAUGCAGUCCAGGUUUAUAGAAAAAAAAAAGUUUUGAAAUUGAUAGGAAAUUUUAUUUUUAUGUUAUCAAAAGGAUUAAACACUUCUGACUACAGUACAAAGUUAAGUAACUGUACUAAUGGGGUUAAGCAGUCUAAUUAGCCUAUUUUUUUAUUUACAUAUUCCCCCAAAGGAACAAGGCCGCAAGACCAAAAAACGAAUGUAUGCUCUGCCUACUUUUUGAAGCACGAAACUGCCAGUUAUGAACCUUUGUAGCUGGGUCAUUCUAUGCUAAUGGGAUACAUUCUGCCCUAAUGAUACAACAGAUAACAUAUGUUUUGAAUGUAUAGAUGUCCCUGUAUAAGUAAAUGUAUGCAUAUAAUUGUUACCUUUUUUUUUUUUGUUACAGAUUUACUAAAUUUAGAAUUACAGAAAAAUAAUAUCUAAAAAUAUAGUUAUGUAUAUAAAUUAUGUCCAGCAUUUCUUAUAGUGGUAAAUGGGACAUUCUGGUGGAGUGAUUUUCAGUUUAACAUUACAAAAUCCUGUUUCUCUUGAUGAAUAAUGAUUUAUAUGCAAUAAAGUGGAUAACUUGU